AUGGCUUUCAAUUCCGAAAAACUCAAGCCCGCCGCUCGUGUCGCCAACAACCGGCAAGAUGUAUGGUCAAUCAUCAACGAGGCUGCCGCGGCCACCCCAACGCAGCCAGUUGUAAACAUGGGCCAGGGUUUCUUCGGCUACAACCCGCCCGACUUCAUCAUCAAUGCCGCAAAGCAGGCGCUCGACCGCGUGGAUGCCAACCAGUACAGUCCGACCAAGGGCCGUCCGCGUCUCAGGAAGGCCAUUUCGGAUGCUUACGCCCCCUACUGGGGUCGAAAGCUUGACCCCGAGACCGAGAUCGUCAUCACUACUGGUGCCAAUGAAGGUAUGCUGAGUGCUUUCAUGGGCUUCAUCGAGCCUGGUGACGAGGUCAUCAUUUUCGAGCCAUUCUUCGACCAGUACAUCCCCAACAUCGAGAUGGCUGGUGGCAAGAUCGUCUAUGUGCCCUUGCACCCUCCUAAAGACGGCGGAAGCCGGACUUCCUCGGCGGGCGAGUGGGUCAUCGACUUUGCCGAGCUUGAGAGAGCAAUCAGUCCCAAGACUAAGAUGUUGGUCAUCAACACACCUCAUAACCCUGUCGGCAAGGUCUUUUCCAAAGAUGAACUGCAGAAGAUUGCAGACCUUUGCGUGGAGAACGAGAUCAUUAUCGUAUCGGACGAGGUAUAUGACAGGCUCUAUUAUGCUCCUUUCACUCGCGUAGCCACCCUGUCUCCCGAGGUGGAGCGUCUUACCCUCACUGUGGGCUCGGCUGGCAAGAACUUCUACGCGACUGGUUGGCGAGUCGGCUGGCUCAUGGGGCCUGCACAUCUCAUCAAGUAUGUCGCGGCUGCACACACAAGGAUCUGCUACUCAUCUGUCUCUCCACUGCAAGAAGCAUGUGCCAUUGGCUUCGAACAAGCCGAGGCCGAGGGCUUCUGGGACGAGUGCAUCAAGGACAUGAAGAGCAAGAUAGCACGGUUCAAUGCCAUCUGGGACGAGCUCGGCCUGCCCUACUCUGACCCGGAAGGAGGCUACUUCGUGCUGGUCAACAUGAGCAAAGUGAAGGUGCCCGAGGGCUACCCCUUUCCGCCUCACGUAGCAAGCCGGCCUCGGGAUUUCAAGCUGGCGUGGUUCCUGAUCCAGGAGUUUGGAGUGGCAGCUAUCCCGCCGACAGAGUUUUACACCGACGCCAACGCAUCAAUCGCCGAGGAUUAUCUGAGAUUCGCGGUUUGCAAGCCGGACGAGGUUUUGGAAUCGGCUAAGGAGAGACUGAGGGGACUGAAGAAGUACAUCCAAGAGUAG